AAUUAGGUGCACCAAGAUACACACAGAUGUAUUAUGCCAAGCAAGGAAUCAUUACUGAGGAAAUGUUGUUUUGUGCCACUCGUGAGAAGCUGGAUCCGGAGUUUGUGAGGUCAGAGGUUGCUCGCGGGCGGGCAAUCAUCCCUUCCAACAAGAAACAUUUGGAGUUGGAGCCCAUGAUUGUGGGUAGAAAAUUCUUGGUGAAAGUAAAUGCAAAUAUUGGAAACUCUGCUGUUGCAAGUUCUAUUGAAGAAGAAGUUUAUAAAGUCCAAUGGGCGACCAUGUGGGGAGCUGAUACUGUCAUGGACCUCUCUACCGGUCGUCACAUACAUGAAACUCGUGAGUGGAUAUUGCGUAACUCAGCCGUACCAGUAGGAACCGUUCCCAUAUAUCAGGCACUUGAAAAAGUGAAUGGAAUAGCUGAAAACCUCACGUGGGAGAUUUUCAGGGAAACACUGAUUGAACAAGCUGAGCAGGGUGUAGACUAUUUUACUAUUCAUGCCGGGGUCUUACUUCGAUACAUCCCUCUAACAGCAAAAAGAAUGACAGGAAUUGUAUCACGUGGUGGAUCUAUUCAUGCAAAGUGGUGUUUGGCCCAUCAUAAAGAAAACUUUGCUUACGAACACUGGGACGACAUACUUGACAUCUGUAAUCAGUACGAUAUAUCUCUAUCGAUUGGUGACGGGCUGAGACCUGGUUCAAUUUAUGAUGCCAACGACACUGCUCAAUUUGCAGAGCUCUUAACUCAGGGCGAACUGACUCGUAGAGCAUGGGAAAAAGAUGUGCAGGUUGUGAAUAAUCUUCUCUCUUGCUUACAUACAUACAUAUGCUCACAAUCACACCCAUAUUAUUCUUAUGCAUUGAAGAGGAAACCUAUUUACUCCUAG